AUGAAACAGCAACAAAUGCAACCAAUACAUAGCACAAGCCACCAGGCAGCAGCAGCCAAGUGCUGUCAUGUCAUUGACAUGGAUGGCACCAGUACAACAACAAUAAGCAUAGCAACCACAGCAAAAACAAACAAUUACACAGCAAGCAACAACAACUACCAAGCUAAUCAUAGGCACCGCCCCCUGAACGAUAUACAGCUGGAUGAGCGAGAUGAAGAUGACGAUGAAGAUGAAGAUGACGACAACGAUGGAGAUGAGGACGAGAAUGAAGCAGAUGCGGAGUACGAUAACGAUAACGAUAAUGAUGAUUAUGAUGUGGAAGAGUAUGCAGAUGAUGCCGACUUAGAUGAUUAUGAAUACAGCGAGGAGCUGAUGCCUCCGCGCAGUCAAUCCAUUUGCCGUCACUGCCAACGCCCCCAAACGGAGCUACAGUCGCGCCAAUUGCCGACGAUGCGAGUGCGCAAAUCGCACUCCAAGUCACGUCAGCGCCAGCGCAGCAAGAGCAAGCAGCGCCAUCAUCAUUACCAGCAUCCGCAUCCGCAUCAGCAUCCACAUCAGCAUUUACAUUCUCAGAAGCCGCCAAGAUGGCCAGAGCUAAGCAUAGCCAAUGAGCAGGCGAUACGCUUUCGUUGUCCGCAGGUGGGGCCUCAGGUGGGUCGCGAUCUGCAUACGCCGCAGCCAAUGCAUUUCCAUCAUCCGCAGCAGUUGUGCCCAGUUCAGGGUCAGGGUCAGGGUCAAGGUCAUGCGCCACCCAAGCCAGCCAAGAGUAAAAACAAGAACAGGCAGCGCAACAAUCGCAAACAAGUCCAGGCAGCAGCAGCAGCAGCAGCAGCAGCAGCAGCAGCAUUAACAGCAGAAACAGCCGCCGCAGCAGCAAUUCCGCUGCCACCGCCGCUUCCGCCACCGCUGGAUAAUAAUUAUCGAGUGGCAGGCAUUGGGCAGACAGAGCUGCCCCAUACACCAGACUCGCCGUCGCUGGUUACGGUCAGCACUUGGUAUACGGUGGCCAAGCAGGGCGUCUCCUGCUAA